UAAAGCAGAAGCUCCCGAACAACAUCGCGACCACCAAGAACUAUGAAGAAGAAGUAUUUGGAAAAUGUUUACUGGAAGUCAAAAUGUCCAGCAAAGGAGAACUGGACCUUGAACUGAAGCGCUAAAAUAAAGAAAAGGCGAAUGACAAUUUGGAGAUAUUGUUGGGGGCAAACAGGCUCUUUUUUUUAUUUGGUUGCUAUUCAAUCGCUUCUCUUCAUUAUGGAUCAAUUUAACCGAAUAGUGUGAAUAACCAGGACAUAACAGGGACACGUGAGAACAGGUAUCCUUUGUUUUGUCGGUGGGGGUUUGACGCGUAAUUUGGAGAUAUCCAGUCAUGUCAUGACGCAAACGCGCAAAAGUGUCAUUCGCGACUGUAAAGGUGGACACCUCUGAAAAAUUCUGCGUCGUUUCCUUUUUCUUCAUUAUAAAUGAGUCAACUCUGUGACAUUUGGAUGCUAUAACGAGCAGAACUGCACCGGAGUGACCAAAGACCGAAUCCAACAUCGGGAACCUUUUCAGAGCAUUUCAAGGAUAUAUUGCGUUUCAUUAAAGGCGAGCUUUAGGAGAGGAUAUUACAGCUAUUCGACCAAUUAUUUCACACUUUUAUUCACCUUUUAAGUUUCUUUCUUUUUUUUUUUUUUUUUGGGAAGAAGGCGCGUACGAACUUGAGACUGACUUGAGUCAAUCAAACACAAGUAUCGAGUUGUGCUUUGGAAAUCGCAUUUAAUCACGUAAAAUGAGAAGGUCGGUGUUUAAAGUGGUUUGUUUUGUGUCCUGUGUCCUCUCCAUCCGCUGCACACCGGCACCGGACACCGAGACCCAGAGCAUCACCCCGACCUGCGCGUCCUGCGGGCUCCCUCAGGCGGAGGAAUCCACGCGGGUGGACGUGGACUUCUUGGAGGCGGUGAAAAGACAUAUUCUGACCCGCUUACAGAUGCGAGACAGACCCAACAUCACCCACCCCAUCCCGAAGGCGGCGAUGGUAACCGCGCUCAAGAAGCUACACGCCGGCAAAUUGCGAGAGGACGGCCGAGUGGAGAUCCCGAACCUCGACGGACACUCGGCGUCGGUGAAUGAGGUGGAGGUGGAGACGUCAGAGAUCAUCAGUUUCGCCGAGACAGACGAGUUGCUGACCUCCAAGACCAGCCUGUUUUUUGCGAUCUCCAACGAGGGCAACCAGAACUUGUACGUGUCCCAGGCGAACCUUUGGCUCUACUUCAAACUUCUGCCCAACGCUUUGGAAAAGGGCUUUCGGAGGAAGGUCACGGUGAAGGUGUAUUAUCAGGAGCCAGGCCUGGGAAGCAAAUGGAACUUGGUGGAAAAGUGUGUUGACAUGAAACGCAGCGGCUGGCACACCUUUCCCUUGACGGACGCCGUGCAGUUAGUUUUCUCGGAAGGCGAUCGUCGGCAGAAUCUUGACGUGAGGUGCGAGGGGUGCGAAAACAUGGGCGUCCUGCCUGUUUUGGUGAACUCGGCCGACGAGUCCCACCGUCCUUUCCUGGUCAUCCAGGCGCGAGUUGCGGACAACAAACAUCGCAUCCGUAAACGAGGCUUGGAAUGCGACGGGAGCAGCGGUUUGUGUUGCCGCCAACAAUUCUACAUCGACUUCCGCCUCAUUGGCUGGAACGACUGGAUCAUCGCCCCAUCCGGGUACUUUGGGAAUUAUUGCGAAGGGAACUGUCCUGCGUACAUGGCUGGGGUGCCUGGCUCGGCCUCGUCUUUUCAUACCGCCGUGGUGAAUCAGUACCGCAUGCGGGGUAUGAGCCCGGGAUCCAUGAACUCGUGUUGUAUCCCAACCAAACUGAGCACAAUGUCCAUGCUGUACUUCGACGAUGAAUACAACAUCGUUAAACGGGAUGUUCCCAAUAUGAUCGUAGAGGAGUGUGGAUGUGCUUGACUCACGGACUGCAAAUUUUCCAAACGUAUAAGAGAAUAGUAAAAAAAUAGUAUUGUAAAAAAAGAAAAGUGCUAUUUAUGAACAUCCUCAAACUUCUCCGAGCUCACACGUCCAUGUUCAUAUGCACACCCCAACUCUUCAAUGCAUGCACAAAUCUUUGUACAUAUAUUUAUGACCUUUAAUUUCACCCAAUAGAGGCAUUUGUCAAAUUGCCAUCAAUUGAUUUCCAUUCUAUAAAUACAGGUUUUCUUAGAUAUCAUAAGCCUUGAUGUCAAAGGGAUGGGAUUGUCUGCAUUGCAAAAAAAUCAUAUUCUUACUGAAUGUUUGGGGUGGUUUACUUGGACAUACAAAUCAAGCACUGACCAUCUUUUCGAAAACAACAUCAGCACUUCCAACAAUGACUUCAUCCAGUGACAACCAAUCCAUUCAAGAGUGUCUUCAACAAACAUCUACCAUGAAUUCAUGGAAUAAAUACAACAAACUGGCUCAACUUUCCUUGACAUUUCAGACAUGCUGCAUUUUUUAACGUACUUCAUAAUGGAUUUCUCGACAGAGAGAUUUUUGCAGACAGUCUGUCGCUAAAGACUUGAGGUCCAUUUAUAAAUAAUAAGACAUGAGUCUUCAGUGUCUUGAUAUGUCUUCGCCAUUUCUCGGAAGCCUGAUUAUUCAUGCGACAAGCUGUAGUGCCGAAUAGACCUGGAACACUACAGCGCGUCGUUUGAGCUCCUGCAACUAACAGUGCCCUUGAAGAAUAAAAAUGUACUUAAAUGACCGAAAAGAUCUCACUUGACACGAGUUGCCAUACUGUUCAGUUAUGUUGUGGUGCAGCACAGCACUUGCAAAUAUUGUUAAUGCACAAUUUAUAGCACUUGCAGACUAAAACUCCUUUAAGGGUACAUGUUCACGAUUAUUUUCAAAUAAGUGCCACACAAGCUAUGCAAUGUAUAGUAGUGAACUACACCGGAUGGCCCACACUUUAGCUACUUGUUAUUAACUGUUUUCAAUACUUGAAAUGUAAACUUUCACUUCCUUCUCUGAGCGGAUGGUUGUUAAAAUGUUUGCACUGAAGCUGCAUUACUAGUUAAGAAACACCUGCCAUUGAAAAAGCAUUAUUUUUAUAGAAGCAAUUGAAUUCUGUUCAGAUGUAUUUUACUGAAUCAUGGAACCAAAGAGGCCAAGAUUUUAGCUGUUGUUAGAUGGCGAGGCCAUCAGAAUCUUUUGUAAAAUACUUUUAAAUGCGCAAGAGGCCUAAACUAUGUAUCAGGGUACAGUAGGAUGUUAAGUUUUUCUUUUUGUACAUAUUUUUCCAUCAACUUAAAAAAAAUUCUCCAGUUUUCUAUUUAAUACUUUUAGCGUCUAUUCCGGAAUCAUUUAGAAUCAAAUACAUGUCAUCUCUGUACAGCUUAUGUAAGAUAAAG